AUGAUGGCUUCUUCCACUCUUCAUGACGUAGAAGGAGAUCUUUUUGACAGACUACCAGACCCUAUUGUGCAUUCAAUCUUCAACAAAGUGCAGGAUGCAAAGACUUUGUGUUUAUCCAUGUCCGUUUGCAAGCGGUUUUAUGCAAUCGUUCCAGAAGUCGACGCGAUUUUCCUGUCAAUGAAGAAGGAAAAUCAGCAGAAUCCUAUUAAGAAGAAUUCCAAAGAGCUCAAGAAAUCAUUCAAGAAUGUUGUUGGGAAAGUUCUCGCGAAGCCCUUUAAAUUUCUGAGUCAGUUGCUCAAGUUGAAGUCAGGUUCUUGUCAUCAUGGUGAUGAUGACUAUUCUUAUCAUAGGCCCGAUGAAGUCUUGAAGCCUUUUAAGGAUAUGCGAAGUCUGGAGCUUGUACUUCCGAGGUCCAGUGGUGAAAUUGGUUCGAAUUUGUUGAGAUGGAAGGCAGAGUUUGGAAGCCAACUUCAGAGCUGUUUAUUCCUAGGUGGCACAGAGACCAUGAAGAUUAAUGAAAGCAGCGAAUUAUGCAGCUGUGGUGAUGAUUCACUAGCGCGAAUUGGUGAUGAAGAGUUGAAGUUGAGGAUUGUUUGGACGAUUUCUUGCUUGAUUGCAGCUUCAACUAGGCAUAACUUGUUUCAAAGGACACUGAUGGAACAUCAGACUCUGCAUAAUUUGAUUAUCAGAGAUGAAAGCAAUCAAGGAACUUUUAGAAUGAAUCGAGAACAGAUCAAGGAAUUCGUGAAAUGUAUGGAUCAUUCAGGGUCAGGGGAGGUUGUUGAUAAGGAGACAUUAAUGGAGAGGACUAAACUGCCUCCUUUGAGGAUGAAGAUGUGGUAUGUUCCAGAGCUGAAGCUACCCGCGUCAGGCUUUGUGAUGAAAGGGGCGACUUUGGCGGUGAUGAAGCCGAUUAAGGAGGGGAAUAAGGAGGUGGAAAGAGGGGCAGAUUGGGUGGUGAACGCUUUUGAUGGGGAGGGGGAGGAGGAAAAGGUGUUUGGUGAAGCUGUGAGGAAGUUGUUGAAGAUGAAAAGAAGUUACACAUUGGAGAUGAAUUCAUUUUGA